CGCUGAGCUUCAUCCAAAGCCUCUUCCUCCGCCCCGACACGGGACCGCAACAGCAGCUUUCAGACCAUAUACCUAAACUUUGUCUGAGCCAUUUCAACUGAAGGGAACCUUCCCCCUGUCUUCCAUCAGCAGGAAGAGACUGUGAGCAAACCUCGUCAUGAACUGGACAUUCCUCCAGGGCCUCCUCAGCGGGGUGAACAAGUACUCCACAGCCUUCGGCCGAGUGUGGCUCUCCAUUGUCUUCCUCUUCAGGGUCCUGGUGUUUGUGGUGGCAGCAGAGAAGGUAUGGGGUGACGAACAGAAAGACUUCAAAUGCAACACGGCUCAGCCCGGGUGCCACAAUGUCUGCUAUGACCACUUCUUCCCCGUCUCCCAUAUCCGGCUGUGGGCCCUGCAGCUCAUCUUCGUCACCUGCCCCUCACUCCUGGUGGUCAUGCAUGUGGCCUACAGGGAGGACAGGGAGAAGAAACACCGGCUCAAGUACGGCGAAAACUGCCGCCGUCUCUACCAGAACACUGGCAAGAAGCGUGGAGGCCUGUGGUGGACCUACGUCCUCACUUUAGUCUUCAAAAUAGGUGUGGACGCCACCUUCGUCUACCUCCUCUACCAUAUCUAUGAGGGCUACGACUUCCCAUCUCUCAUCAAGUGUGAACAGAAACCCUGUCCCAACAAGGUGGACUGUUUCAUCGCUCGGCCCACUGAGAAGAGAAUCUUCACCCUCUUCAUGGUGGUCACCAGCCUGGCCUGCAUCUUGCUCUCUGUUUUUGAAAUUCUCUACCUGGUUGGCAAACGGUGCCGUGAAUGUAUCACCACAUUCCAUCACUCUCGCCGAGUCGUGACCAACACGAUGUCCAGUGGGAGCAACUUGAUGGAGUCAAAUAAUCUAAAGCUGACAGGUAAAAACAACCCUCAAACACCUGCGCCCUCAUACAGUGUCGCCAUAUCUUGAGAUACUGAGAUAAAGGCAAAGACUAUUAAAGACAUGACAAGUCCCCAGGCACUUCCUCAAAAGACUUGACAGCAGACUUUGUCUACUCUGAGAUUGAACUACGAUGGAGUUGGUUCCCUACUGUUUACAGAGUCCACAAUCAAAGGAGUUCAGGACAUCAGGACUCAUGUGUCAUUGAUCUGGAAUGUGCUCAAUGUUGCGGGUUUGCGAGUACUUACAGAUGUUUUUACAGAUAAAGUUCAACAGCAAAAAGAAAAGUCAAGGAAGUUUGUGAUGCAGUGUCAGAUUUAGCUUCUCGUUCAAUUAAAUGAGUCACUCCGGGGUUUGGCGAGUAUGGUUUUAUAAACGUGGUUUUCUUCGUAAGAUUUUCCCUCUGCUCGUGCCCGACCUCAAAAUGUUUACUUCUGACUGUGCUGUGUCUCCUCCCUUCACUCACACGUUUGUCGUAUCUUGCUGUAAAUGCUGUACUAUAUAUAAUUUAUCAACAGGUUUGAAAGAUUGUGCUCUUGUGUUUGUUACUGUUGUUGUCAUGUUUCUGCGUAGUGGCGGAAGAGAGCAAUGCUGUGGAAAUGCAGUUUUUGAAACACAGUUGUUAUUAGUAACUCAGGAUUUGCAUAUUUAACAGCGUUGAGGUGCAGCGUGGCUGCAUAGUUGUUAAUAAUAUUUUCAUUAAAGAUCAUUUUCAUAUUUUGAAAAUGUGUUUGUUUUUCAUAAGAUCAAGGAAGACAUGUCUCUACACAGUGGUGAACACUGCAUUCAACAGUUACACAGUCUUUUCAUGUACUAAGGAACAAUGUGCCACGUCUCUAUAGAAAAGGACAUGUUGAUUCUGCAGUUCUGUGGUUCGACCAAAAAACACAGACUUUCUUUCUGCUUCCACUUCCACUUUUUCCAUGCGUUUCAUAAAGCCCUCCCUCUCCACUGGCCGCACAGAUUGCUCUGUUGCUAUGAGCAGCACCCUCAUUUUUUAGGUUGAUUGGUACUUUGAGAAGGGCAGAGGAGGAGCCUCCCACUCCUCUGAUUCAUCCAUGCUGACGUGUGGAACCACCCAGUGCAGGAAUUUGUCGGUCCGUGCAGACGCUGAAUGGGGGAUCGCAGUAUUUACACUGCAACGUGCUGGAGGAGAGAUGUAGUGAGAGUAAAAACACAUCUUUUCUCACUUAUGGUCUCUCCCUGUGUGGAUAUUUUCAAUUUGAAUCUGCCAAUAGACAUUUCAGAGGAAACUGCUACUGGCAUCUGAAGAUAGUGAAGGUGAAUACAUUUUGUUACUGCUGGCCCGAAUGAAGACUGACAUUUAAAAACUUGAACAGCAAAGUGUCUUUCCACAAACAAUGACAGGACAAUCAGCAGACACCACUGUUAACAGUUUUUACUGGAACCAUUAGAUCUAUUUCAGUAAACAGUCCCUGCGAUGAAAACUGUUAACAAGUGAGGUGUGUGGAUUAUCAUGGUAACUAGGACACUGUUUUAGCAAAGACAAGGUGUUGUUGAAAUGAGAUAGCUCUCCUGCAGUGUGCCACGUGCCACAGCCUCAGCAGAUGAAACCAAAAAUACGAUUAAAUGGAAAAAUCAUUAAACGGUAAUAUAUUGCCCCUGAAAACAUAAGUGAGAUCCAGUAUGUGCGGUUCUGUUUGUCCAACCUGGAUUUGUGGUUCUGUAAAUAAGCCAAAAAAUAACUCUCAUUAUGAGACCCUCCCAGCUCUUCCUGGUUAUUAUCUGUCAUGGUCCCAGCUCUCUCUGCUCUGGUACAUUUCCUUCCUGUCGCAGCAGUGGAAAGCAACGGGUUUAUCCUGUUGUUACGUCUUGUCGAGACUUGCAGCUCACAGAGGUUGAGUCCUCCAGGUAUGUCUCAGCAGCCUGCCAGUUGUUCAACUGGAGAACCCCCCCACCCCACUGAAUGCACUGGACUGCUGUAAAUGUUGUAGUACAGAUGUUGUGUUCAUAGGCUCAAGCUUUAGGGCAUUGAUGACUUUCCUGAAAAGCACAACUGCAACUUGAUAUUUCUAACAAUGUCAUCGCUGCGAGACCUUGAGAUGAGGUGUUUUAUUUAGAGAAGGCAGCACCACAGCUUGUUACUCUUCACUCCUGGGGAGUUAGACACAUCCCGCCUCUUACAACAGCCUCUUACAACAAAGUGUUUAUUAUUGUGUUUAUUAUUUGUGCACAAAUGAAAAUAUGAGCAUAAUGUUUUAGCCUGGUUCCUGAGUUGCUGUCCACACCUGAGUUCAGGUUUUCACUCUGCUUUUAUAAACACACUUUUAUGUUACAGGAUAUUUGUAUGAAGUUAUUAGAAAAAGUUUUUUUGCUCUUCAUUGUCUUCUCAGAAAUUGUUGGGUUUGUUUGGAAACUGUUGCGAGCAUGAAACAA